CGAUCUAGAUGGGGGAAACAAAAGAAUUUAUUGAAAGUGAAACUGGGCCCCGUCGAUCAGGCGGCAGAUGCUCUCGGCUUAAAUGGCACACAAUUCCCACUCCAUAUUUUACCGAAAACAGGCUGGAUCGCUCGCUGGUGCUCGAGAAUUGAAAGUCCAACCCAAAUGUAACACUGAUCAGCCGGAUUCGGGGAGCCGCAUCACAUUGGAUGUGCCUAUGCCAUGCAGAUCUUAGCCCACUUUGCCGUCCAGUGUUCAUGAUUUAUGCUCGAGUGUGGGCCCCCUUCAGAGCUGUCAGAGUGAGUGGCCCAAGCGCCUAAGUAAUCAUUCAGAACGCGCUGUGGGGCUAUAAAAGCCUGGUCGCCAGCCCAGAGGGGCCCACAGUUCAUGCAGAUUGAAGAUGAAGGUGCUGUGGCUGCUGGGGCUAUUGGUUUCGUGGCUAUCAUCGUUGGCCAGCGCCCGCCAGGUGGGAAGGUGCAGCCUGGCCCGCCAGCUCUAUCGGUAUGGUGUGCCCUACGGCGAGCUGCCCGACUGGCUCUGCCUCGUGGAGGGCGAGAGCUCCUUCAACAGCAAAGCCAUCAAUCCCUCCAAUGUGGAUGGCUCUGUGGACUGGGGUCUCUUCCAGAUCAACGAUAGAUACUGGUGCAAGCCAGCGGACGGUCGCCCCUCCACGGAUCUCUGUCGUCUGCCCUGCCGUCUGCUGCUCAGCGACGACAUCAGGUACUCCAUUGCUUGCGCCAAGUACAUCAGACGCCAGCAGGGCUUUUCCGCAUGGGUGGCAUGGAAUAACCGCUGCCAGGGAAUCAAGCCGAAUGUGAACCAUUGCUUCAGAAGAAGAUACAGGAACUCGGGAUGACAUUGAUAAUAACAUAUAUGUAUGUACAUAUGUGAUAAAAGACAGAAAUUACCAUAGAAUUUAGUCAGUUUUUACAGAAAAUGUACCCACAAAUUGGAUUUCUGAUAAAAAAAAGCAUAUAACUAAUUUUUAGAAGAUAUUUUUAUGCGCCAAAAAUUGA